GCUGCGCGUCGUUCACGUUUCAUCGUAUAUUUAGGGAGUCUGUGAGUGUUUGUCAGAUUGUGUGCGCGUGUGUGUGAGUCAAUCACACAACCACACCAACAACCCCCAGACGGUGUAUCUACAAUAGCAACAAAACUAAGAACAAUAAUACCGAAGCGACGAACACAAAUAGCAAUCAAGCGAAACCGGUUCCGGUGCUACGCGUUCGUUUGUUGAAUUGUGUGCGUGUGCGCGACACAAAUAUACAUACACACAAAUAUAAAUUGUGGUGUUUAAUUUGCUAUAAAAGCAACAUAAAUGUGCCAGUGUUGAAAAUCGAAAAAAAUACCGACAAACAAGUGUUAAAUUAGUGUUCACACACUAAAGUCUGUGCGCAAUAUUGAAACAUAUUGUGGAUUUACAUUUGGAUAGAAAAUAUUACAACAAAACAACAACAACAACAAUAACAACUAAGCGUACAAACAACGACGCCAACGUACAGCUACAAAAGCAUCAGCGAAAGCCGUAAAAUGUUGCCGCCACCGCGUUUAAACGCCAUGAAAUGGUUAACCCUGCUCGCAGCCAUCGCUGCCUUCUGUACCACGCUCGCUUAUGCGGCGACCCAACCCGAUGCCGACCAGAAAGGACCUGUUUUCCUCAACGAACCCACCAAUCGUAUUGAUUUCUCCAACUCGACCGGCGCCGAAAUUGAAUGCAAAGCUAGCGGUAAUCCUAUGCCUGAGAUUAUCUGGAUUCGUAGUGAUGGUACUGCUGUUGGUGAUGUACCCGGAUUGCGUCAGAUUUCAUCCGAUGGCAAAUUGGUCUUCCCACCUUUCCGCGCUGAAGAUUACCGACAGGAAGUGCACGCUCAGGUCUACGCUUGCUUGGCGCGUAAUCAAUUUGGCACAAUUAUUUCACGCGAUGUUCAUGUACGCGCGGUUGUUGCUCAAUAUUACGAUACCGAUGUAAAUAAAGCUUAUGUAAUUCGUGGCAAUGCAGCAGUUUUAAAAUGUGAAAUACCUUCGUUUGUUGCGGAUUUUGUCAGUGUUAUGUCUUGGCAUACGGAUCAAAAUGAGGACUUUUUGCCAGGCACUGAAUAUGAUGGUAAAUAUUUGGUUUUGCCCUCUGGUGAACUGCAUAUUCGCGAAGUGGGACCCGAAGAUGGUUACAAAAGCUAUCAGUGUCGCACCAAGCAUCGUCUAACUGGUGAAACACGAUUGAGCGCGACGAAGGGACGCUUGGUGAUCACAGAACCUGUCGGCAGCGUUGCGCCAAAAGUUAAUAAAAAUGAUGAAUUCAGUCACGAUCGUGUGUCAGAAAAUCAGACGGUUGCAUUAAAAUGUCCAGCACAAUCAUAUCCAGUACCGAUUUAUAGAUGGUAUAAGUUCAUUGAAGGCACCACACGCAAACAAGCCGUUAUAUUAAAUGAGCGCGUGAAACAAGUUUCUGGCACAUUGAUUAUUAAGGAUGCUGUGGUCGAAGAUUCUGGCAAAUAUUUGUGUGUUGUCAAUAACUCAGUUGGCGGUGAGAGUGUAGAAACUGUGCUCACUGUGACCGCACCACUUUCAGCGAAAAUCGAUCCACCCACACAAACUAUUGAUUUCGGCCGCCCAGCUGUAUUCACCUGCCAAUAUAGUGGUAACCCAAUUAAGACUAUCAGCUGGUUGAAGGAUGGCAAAUCGAUUGGACACAGUGAUCAGGUAUUACGCAUCGAAUCAGUGAAGAAGGAAGAUAAGGGCAUGUAUCAGUGUUUCGUGCGCAACGAUCAAGAAUCUGCGGAAGCGAGUGCUGAAUUGAAAUUAGGCGGCCGUUUCGAUCCACCAGUUAUACGACAAGCAUUCCAAGAAGAGACAAUGGAACCUGGGCCAAGCGUCUUCCUCAAGUGUGUAGCUGGCGGCAAUCCAACACCUGAAAUCUCAUGGGAACUCGAUGGCAAGAAAAUCGCAAAUAUUGAUCGUUAUCAAGUGGGCCAAUAUGUGACAGUAAAUGGUGAUGUGGUCUCCUAUUUGAAUAUCACAUCUGUGCAUGCGAACGACGGCGGUCUCUACAAGUGUAUAGCGAAGAGCAAAGUUGGCGUGGCUGAACACUCGGCAAAAUUAAAUGUCUACGGUUUACCCUACAUUCGUCAGAUGGAAAAGAAAGCUAUUGUAGCGGGCGAGACUUUAAUUGUAACCUGUCCCGUAGCAGGCUAUCCAAUUGAUUCGAUCGUUUGGGAACGUGACAAUCGCGCUUUACCCAUCAACCGCAAACAGAAAGUCUUCCCCAAUGGCACUUUGAUAAUUGAGAAUGUGGAACGUAACUCCGAUCAAGCGACUUACACUUGUGUAGCUAAGAAUGUCGAAGGUUAUUCAGCGCGCGGCUCAUUAGAAGUACAAGUUAUGGUUGCACCACAAAUUAGCCCAUUCAGUUUCGGUGACGAACCACUUAAUCGCGGCGAGGUCGCUAGUGUCACUUGCGUCGUGCCAAAAGGCGAUUUGCCACUCGACAUCUACUGGACAUUGAAUUCAGCGCUUAUUGUAAACGGUGAAAAUGGUUUUAACAUAUUUAAAAUGAACAAACGCACGAGUUCACUGAAUGUAGACUCACUCGAAGCAAUGCAUCGCGGCACUUAUAAGUGCUUAGCGAACAAUUCAGCGGGUUAUGCAGAAUAUGUUGCAGUUUUAGAAGUGAACGUACCACCAAGAUGGAUACUCGAACCCACCGACAAGGCUUUCGCACAAGGCUCCGACGCUAAAGUUGAAUGCAAAGCUGACGGCUUUCCUAAACCACAAGUGACAUGGAAGAAAGCUGUUGGUGAUACACCCGGUGAAUAUAAGGACUUGAAGAAGAACGAUAACAUACGCGUAGAAGAAGGCACACUACAUAUUGACAACAUCCAGAAGACAAAUGAAGGUUAUUAUCUCUGCGAGGCUAUUAAUGGUAUUGGCUCUGGACUUUCGGCCGUCAUUAUGAUUAGCGUACAGGCACCACCAGAAUUUACCGAGAAAUUGCGCAAUCAAACUGCACGUCGUGGCGAACCAGCGGUCUUGCAAUGCGAAGCUAAAGGCGAAAAACCCAUUGGCAUCUUAUGGAACAUGAAUAAUGUGCGUUUGGAUCCCAAGAAUGAUAACCGUUAUACAAUUCGUGAGGAAAUACUCUCCACCGGUGUGAUGUCUAGCUUGUCAAUUAAACGUACCGAACGCUCAGAUUCUGCACUCUUUACUUGCUUGGCCACUAAUGCAUUUGGCUCAGAUGAUGCUAGCAUUAAUAUGAUUAUACAGGAAGUACCCGAGAUGCCUUACGCUUUGAAGGUUUUAGACAAAUCUGGCCGCUCCGUACAAUUGAGCUGGGCGCAACCCUACGAUGGCAAUUCACCACUUAUCCGUUAUAUUAUUGAAUUCAAACGCUCACGCGCAUCUUGGGACGAAGUAGAUCGUGUUAUGGUACCCGGACAUACAACUGAAGCGCAAGUACAGAAACUAAGUCCCGCAACAACCUACAAUAUACGCAUCGUGGCCGAAAAUGCUAUUGGUACAUCGCAAUCAUCGGAAGCUGUGACAAUCAUUACCGCCGAGGAGGCACCAUCUGGCAAGCCACAAAAUAUCAAAGUUGAACCCGUGAAUCAGACCACACUGCGCGUUACCUGGAAACCACCAGCACGAUCUGAAUGGAAUGGUGAAAUUUUGGGUUAUUAUGUUGGCUAUAAACUAUCGAACACCAAUUCUUCAUACGUUUUCGAGACUGUUAACUUUUUGACUGAAGAAGGCAAAGAACAUAGCUUGGAAUUGAACAACUUGCGCGUUUAUACCCAGUACUCUGUCGUGAUACAAGCUUUCAAUAAGAUCGGCGCUGGUCCCUUGAGCGAUGAGGAGAAACAGUUUACUGCUGAGGGCACACCAAGUCAACCACCAAGCGACACUGCCUGCACCACAUUGACCUCGCAAACAAUACGCGUCAGCUGGGUGAGCCCACCACUCGAAUCGGCCAAUGGUGUGAUCAAGACCUACAAGGUGGUAUAUGCGCCUAGCGAUGAGUGGUAUGAUGACACCAAACGUCACUACAAGAAGACUGCUUCCUCCGACACCGUUUUACAUGGCCUCAAGAAAUUCACCAACUACACAAUGCAAGUGCUCGCGACCACCGCUGGCGGCGAUGGCGUACGCAGCGCACCCAUCCACUGUCAAACCGAACCUGAUGUUCCCGAAGCACCCACUGAUGUAAAGGCUUUGGUUAAAGGCCACGCUGCCAUACUCGUCUCAUGGCGUCCACCAGCACAACCCAAUGGCAUCAUACAACAAUACACUGUCUACUCGAAAGUUGAAGGCGCCGAGGGUGAACCCAAGAGCCAGAAAAUACCACAACAUCAAAUGAGUUUUGAAGCAGUCGAUUUGGAAAAGAAUAAGCCAUACGAAUUCUGGGUCACCGCUAGUACCAACAUUGGCGAAGGACAACAAUCUAAGAGCAUUGUAGCGAUGCCCAGCGACCAAGUGCCCGCUAAGAUCGCCUCAUUCGAUGAUACUUUUACUGCAACAUUCAAGGAAGACGCCAAAAUGCCAUGCUUAGCUGUUGGUUCACCACAACCCGAGAUCACAUGGAAGGUUAAAGGUGUUGAAUUUACCAGCAACGAUCGUAUGCGUGUCAUGGCUGAUGGCACAUUGUUAAUUAAAACGGUUAAUCGUCAAGAUGCCGGUGAAUAUUCGUGUCAUGCUGAAAACUCGAUUGCCAAGGAUUCCAUUACACAUAAGCUAAUUGUGCUCGCGCCACCACAAUCACCUCAGGUAUCACUUUCGGCCACCACAACCGAUUCGUUGACUGUCAAAGUGAAGCCACAUGAGGGAGACACCGCGCCACUACAUGGUUACACACUGCACUACAAGCCAGAAUUCGGCGAAUGGGAAACUGCUGAGGUCUCUGUGGACGCACAAAAAUUCACUAUCGAAAAUCUGCUUUGCGGCUCACGCUAUCAAGUCUAUGCUACCGGUUUCAAUAACAUCGGCGCUGGCGAAGCUUCGGACAUUCUGAACACGCGCACCAAAGGCUAUAAACCCAAACUGCCAGAGAAACAACGUUUCAUUGAGGUUUCAUCGAACUCGGUUUCACUGCACUUCAAGGCCUGGAAAGAUGGCGGCUGCCCCAUGUCUCACUUUGUUGUAGAAAACAAGAAGCGCGAACAUGCUGAAUGGAAUCAAAUUUCGAAUAAUGUCAAACCCGAUAAUAACUACGUUGUGUUGGAUCUAGAGCCCGCCACCUGGUACAAUCUCCGUAUUACCGCACAUAAUUCUGCCGGUUUCACGGUUGCCGAAUAUGAUUUUGCCACUUUGACGGUGACUGGAGGCACCAUUGCACCACUUGACGAUGGUCGCGGUGCAGGCAAUCUGAAUACGCGUAUACGCCUGCCCGCCUGGAUGCCCGAAUGGCUGGACUUGAAUUUUAUGGUGCCUUUAAUAGCCACAGUCAUUGUGGUAGCGGUUGGUAUACUUGUUGUAUGUGUAGCGCUUUCCAGACGCCGUGCUGAUGACUUGCGUGGAGGACAAAAGGAUGUGUACUACGAUGUAGUUUACAAUCAGACCAUGGGACCUGGCGCCACAUUGGACAAACGACGACCCGAUUUGCGUGACGAGCUCGGCUAUAUUGCACCACCCAAUCGCAAGCUGCCACCAGUGCCCGGCUCCAAUUACAACACCUGCGACCGGAUUAAGCGAGCACGUGGCAUACGCUCAAAUCACUCUACCUGGGAUCCACGCCGUACUAACUUGUAUGAGGAAUUGAAGGCCCCACCAGUGCCAUUGCACGGUAAUCAUUAUGGUCCCGAAGAUGUACAGUGUCAUUAUAGACAUCCAGGCAUGGAAGAUGAGAUCUGCCCCUAUGCGACCUUCCACUUGCUCGGCUUCCGUGAAGAAAUGGACCCCACCAAGGCUAUGAAUUUCCAAACCUUCCCUCAUCAAAAUGGACAUGCACCUGGACCCGGACACGCAGGCACCAUGGGACCACCCGGACACCCUGGACAUGUACACUCACGUUCCGGUUCACAGUCAAUGCCACGCGCUAAUCGUUACGCACGCAAGAAUAGCCAAGGCGGACAAUCGUCCAUUUAUACACCAGCACCGGAGUAUGAUGACCCAGCCAAUUGCGCCGAAGAAGAUCAAUAUCGUCGUUACACACGCGUCAACUCACAAGGCGGCAGUCUGUACUCUGGUCCCGGACCCGAAUAUGAUGAUCCCGCUAAUUGCGCACCCGAAGAGGAUCAAUAUGGAUCACAAUAUGGCGGUCCAUAUGGCACACCAUAUGAUCAUUAUGGCUCACGUGGCUCCAUGGGACGUCGUAGUGUUGGUUCUGCACGUAAUCCAGGUAAUGGCUCGCCAGAACCUCCACCACCACCACCACGCAACCACGACAUGAGCAACUCGUCGUUCAACGACUCCAAGGAGAGCAAUGAAAUCUCAGAAGCUGAAUGUGAUCGCGAUCAUGGACCACGCGGCAAUUAUGGUGCUGUCAAAAGAUCCCCACUGCAAAAGGAUCAGCGUACAACUGAAGAAAUGCGCAAACUGAUUGAAAGAAACGAAGCCGGUCCAAAACAACUCCAACAACAAAGUGGCGCAGGAUUCACAGCCUACGAUACUAUGGCAGUGUAAUUUGUAAACCGAUAGCUGUAGCAACAAGAACCAUCACCACAAUUUACUAGCACAACAACAACAACAACACAAUUAGAUGAAGAAUAAUGAAUGAAUGUAAAACCUCCCAAGCUCCACUAGUCAGAGUAGCUGCAGCAAAUGCAACGCAAAUACCAAAUAAUUUCUUUCAGUGGAUUAGUUGGUGCAUAGAGCAGAGUUAUGUAGCGUGUGAGCGUUCUACGUAGAGUAAGUGAGAUAGAGAGAGAGAACGUGAGUAAUAGCUAGCAAGAGUUAGCGAGCACAAGUAAACGGUAAUUUUGACGUAAACUCAAAGCUCUCAUAAUAGUUAGGGCAGCGUAAGGGAGAUAGGGAGCGCAUUGUAUACAUAAGUAAGAUAACAGGAGAGGAAGUGUGUGUGAGCGGGAAACGCACGGAACACGGGCGUCAUUUGUGCGAAAGAGACAAACAUAUAUAAUAAUAUCACAAGAGACAUCACAGUAAAUGUAAAUGAAGAACUAAAUAAUCGUAUAAGCAAAAAAGAAAAAAAACACACACUCUCUCUUUUUUUUCUAUAAAAUUAAACACGUAACGAAUAAGUUAAUGAUGACGAAAAAGUUAUGCUGGAAAUUUUAAAGAAAAGAAAAAAAAAAGUUGCAGAGGAGUUGUAUGACGAAAUUUGAAAGAGAAAAAUAUUGCAUA